AUGAAGAAGUGCGUGGGCCAGUCUCAGGGCGAUACUACUGCAGCGACUGGGCCCCCUGACGCUUGCUUUUCGCCGAUUCCGUGCAGCGGCUCGGCCGCGGGCAGCGGCAGCAGCAGCAGCAGCAGGCAGCAGCAAGGAUAUUUGGAGGCCGGCACCGCGCCCUCGCUCUCAGAGUACAGAACAGCAGCGUUCGCUGCCCUGAGCGGACUCGUGAAUUCGGCCUUAGCAGCAGGGGGAGCAGCAGCAGCAACAGCAGCAGCAGUGCCGCAGCGACUGGCGUCCCUUGCGGCUUCGGCGGGCCAGUCUGCCGCUAGCGAGCCGGAUCUGCAUCCCGAGGAGAGUCAGCAGCAGCAGGAGCAGCAGCAGCACAUCGACUUUGCUGCUCCUCUCCCCUGGCGCUGCCCCUUCCACGACUCGGGCCGCCGGCAGCGCUCGCCAGCAGCAGCAGCAACUGCAGCAGCAGGGGGCUUGCCCCGAGGAAGACACUUCCAGCGGGUGUCUGGCCCUGCUGCUGGCAGCAGAAACCGCAGCAGCAGCCGCAGAGGGCCUCAGCGGCGCCACCGCAUAUCGGGCUGGCGCGCUUGCCACUCGAGGCCCUACAGCAGGCCCCGGCAGCAGCAGCAGCAGCAGCAGCAGCAGGGAAGCGGCCUGUGGUUCAGCGACUUCUCCCUCAAUUUUGUGUGCCCGUUGUGCCUGGCCGCGUCGAUCUCAGCGGCAGCACGGGGCCGUGCGGUUGAAGGGGUAGACGCCUGCCUUGGCGCUCUGCAGCAGGAGCAGCAGCAGCAACAGCAGCAGCAGCUGCAGCUGCUGCAGCAGAACUCCUCAGUGAGCGACGAAUCCGAGUGCGUCGCGUCAGCUGCUGAGGGGACCCCUUUGCAGCCUCACUCCGGCCCUUCGUCGGCUGGCUUCGCGCUGCAGCAGGAGAAGGAGCAGCAGCAGCAGCAGCAGCAGCAGCGGCUUCUGGAGAGCCAGCUGUACUGCAGCGAAGCCAGAGACGUGCAGCAGCAGAGGCAGCGGCGCCACAGGGCGCUGGAUGUGAUUAUUUCUGCAUUGCUGCCGCGGUCUUUGGGCAGCAAAGACCCGCCGCGUGCUGCGGGCGUGGCAACAGCAGCAACAGCAGCAGCAGCAGCAGCAGAAGCAGACACGCCGAGCAGCCGCCGAGUGCACUUUGUGUCAUCUCUUCCGUCACGCGCGCUGGCCCUGGCGGGCGCAGCAGCAGCGGCGGCCUCAGCAGCAGCAGCAGCAGCGGCGGCGGCGGCCCCAGCGACGCUGCGCCGCCGCCAGAGCAGCAGCAGCAGCAGCAGCAGCAGCAGCAGCUGCCUCGUCGAAAGCAGCGACUCCCCACACUACGCAGAGUACUUGGCCUUCCACGUGGAGAAGUGGCGAGAAGGUUCUUUUGACAGACUCGAAGUGGACACUGACGACUUGCUGGUGGACCCGCUGCAGGCCCGCUGCACCAUUAUGUAG